GUGACGAGAGAUUAUAUAAAAGCUUUUCAGCUUGGUUGCGGCGCUUCCAUAACAUUGAAUCGUGUUCGUAAUCUUCACCAUCUGCGGAUUCUAAGCAGUGGGUUGAACAAACGGCGUUAAGGCUGGAGCAACAAGGGUAGCGGCGGGGAAUCCCGUUAAACCAUCCCAAAUAUUUAUCGUCCAGACGUCGCUGGGAACAUUUCUGCAGUCCCUCUGAAAUAUUUAUUUUCGGAGCAAGUGCAGGUUUUGUCACCCACGCUGCAGCUGCCGCCAUAAAGAGACCCUGAUCUCAAUAUACAAAAUGGUUCAGAAUAGAAUUACCGAAAUCACUGGAUUUCACCGCUCCUUUAAGGGUCAAAACCCUUUCGAGUCUGAGUUCUCCAAAACCGGGUCCCAUCUCCUUGAGUCAGCCUUCAAUUUUGAUUGCCCCACAAGACCUGACAUGCCAUCCAGCCAGCCUAUUGACAUCCCAGACGCCAAGAAGAGAAACAAGAAGAAGAAGAGGUGCAGGGCCACCGACAGCUUCUCUGGACGAUUCGAAGAUGUGUACAGGCUGCAGGAGGAGGUUCUGGGAGAAGGGGCCUAUGCUAGAGUCCAGACCUGCAUUAACCUCAUCACCAACAAAGAAUAUGCUGUUAAGAUAAUCGAGAAGAGGCCGGGGCACAGCCGAAGCCGCGUCUUCAGGGAAGUGGAGAUGCUCUACCAGUGCCAGGGUCACAGGAACAUCCUGGAACUGGUGGAGUUCUUUGAGGAGGAGGAGAAGUUCUACCUGGUGUUCGAGAAGCUCAGGGGAGGUUCUGUCCUGACGCACAUCCAUAAGAGGCGCCAUUUCAGCGAGCAGGAGGCCAGCAUCGUGGUGCAGGAAAUCGCCAGCGCUCUCGACUUUCUGCACAACAAAGGCAUGGCGCACAGAGACCUCAAGCCCGAGAACAUCUUAUGCGAGCACGGCGACAGGAUCUCGCCUGUGAAGAUCUGUGAUUUCGACCUGGGGAGCGGCAUCAAGCUGAACAGCGACAGCUCGCCCAUCUCCACCCCAGAGCUCCUCACUCCGUGCGGCUCUGCUGAGUACAUGGCCCCCGAGGUGGUGGAGGCCUUCAGCGAGGAGGCCAGCAUCUACGACAAGCGCUGCGACCUGUGGAGCCUGGGCGUCAUCCUCUACAUCAUGCUGAGCGGCUACCCGCCGUUCGUGGGCCGCUGCGGCAGCAACUGCGGCUGGGAGUGGGGCGAGCCCUGCACCGCCUGCCAGAACAUGCUGUUCGAGAGCAUCCAGGAGGGCAAGUACGAGUUCCCCGAGAAGGACUGGGCCCACGUCUCCUCCGGCGCCAAAGACCUCAUCUCCAAACUGCUGGUGCGGGACGCCAAGAACCGGCUGAGCGCCGCCCAGGUCCUGGAGCACCCGUGGGUGAAGGGGUGUGCUCCCAACACCCUGUCGACGUCCAACUUGCUUCAGAGGAACAGCAGUGCCAAGGAUCUGACGUUCUUCGCGGGGCAGGCGGUGGCCGUGAACCGCCAGCUGGCCGAGCGCGAGACUGAGGAGGAGGAGGAACAGCAGCAGCGCCCCCUGGUGGUGACGGCCAGCUCCUGCUCCAUGCGCCUCUCCCCGCCUUCCAACUCCAAGCUGGCCAAGCGCAGGCAGAGGAGCAGCCUCCUGAAGGGGGCGCCGGUCUCCGCCUCCGAGCUGCACCAGCUCCUCGCUCCCCUGGUCGUCGUAGGGGACUGUUCCUGAGAGGCCACCUCCACCUCCGCCUCCAUCCCCUCUCCCCUCCCCACCCUCCAGACGAGAGCUCAGUCUGGCGCUCUAACCCCUCCACCAGCCACCAGCAGUCUGCGGUCUUCACCGUUCUUAACGAGCACAUCGGCCUGCGCUAAGAAACACUGGAGGGGCGGGGCUCCACGAGGAGGGGUGGGGCUUGGAACUGUGGGCGGGGUUUUCUUUUUCUUUUUUGUGCUGUUGAAGGCAGGGAAAAAAAAAUGAAUGCGAGCUCAGACACCAAAGGACUACCUGUUGUGCUGCUUCCAUGUGUUUAUAACUGGAUCCACUGUGAAUUUAAUUUUAAGGGAGAGGAAACGAAUCUUGCAAAAUCUUCAGGAAUGUUCUCUUUGCUUGUAUGUACGUGCAUGGACUCCCAUCCGCAGACACAUACACUCUUAUGCAAUCGUUGGGAUGAAGGAGAACCUUUUGGCCUUGACUCAGCAGGGAAUUUGGGUGGCUGGCUGACAGCACUGUUGCCUUCCCAUGCCAUUGUGUUGCUGGGAUUUUCUGAGUGCCCAGAUUCCUAGGGCUGAAUCCAUGGCUGUUCACUCUCCGGGGUUUCAAUUAAGUUAUUGAAAUUUUACUAUAUGUUUUUGAAUGGUCCAGACUGUUUUUAUGUGCAACGAAGGGUAUUUCAGAUAUUUCUGGAAGUUCCCGUCUAAACUGGCAAGCUGGCUUUACUAAGGGUCUUUUUGUUUUUGUUUUUUUGAAAAAUAAUUGAGUAAUAUAGUCUUUAUAUAUUACCCAACUAUUUAUAGUCCUUUAGAAUGACCCCAAAACAAGCUUUUGUAAAUUCAACAGGUCAGAAACUUCUAGAAAUAUCUCCGAUAUCCCAUAUGGCCUGGGCCAAUCAAAAACAAAUACUAAAACUUAAAUAAUACUACAGUAAUAAUAAACAAAAUAAUAAUGAUAAUAAUAAUAAUGAUGAUAAUAAUAAUAAUCCCAUAGAGUGAACUGUCUUCUCUCCUGUUUUCGUUGGGGCUGACCCACAAUCCAAAGAAUGAGAACCUUGCGUAAUGCUUUUCUUCCAAUGGAGAAAAGCUGUAACGCAAAAUGGGACAUUAAGUGAAUUAAGGAUGUACUCGAACCGAGCCUGCUUUCCCGAGUCUUCACAGGCUAUCGACAGCUCUGCCCGUCUGUUUACAGAAGACUCGAUGCGCAAGCUGGCCGCCUGGUUUGUGCUAACACCUGGGCUCCUCUCAGAACGUCCCAGCAUCGCGCGAGCCUCAACGUUAACGUUAGCGCAUUCUCACACGAAAACGGCUGAUUUUUAUUUAUUUUUUUUCUGAUUGUGAAACUCGAGAGAGUUCUCGGCACGCCGGGUGUACGGAUCCGAGGAAAGGUGCGCGAGGAAACCGGCGAGUCUUUCCUGUGAUAGAAUUUCUACGUUUUCCAGAGUUCCGUUAAUUUUCGUUUUGUCGUGGGAACUUCGGCCGGCAGUACAAGACUAGCGAGCCACUUGAACACAUCCCAGGGUAUUCUAGUGAUAUACGCUGUAUACGUUACGUGCUUCAACCACGAUUAUGGCUUUCCGUUAUCGUUUAAGUCUCAUUUCCCCCCCCCCAACACAGUUAAUAUUCUGAGUAAUUAUUGGAAAUGAGACAAAAGCCAAUCACAAGCCAUUUGUAAAAAAAAAAAAAAAAAAAAAUGUAUAAAGCUACUGUACUGCCUUGUAUUGCCUAUGCAGUCCAUGACUGAAGUCAGAGGGGUGGUUUGUAAGAGUCAUGGCAAUGGUUGUCAACAGCGCACAAAGAAAGACCAGCAAUAUUCUGCUGAAUGUCUUAAAAUUUGUCUUAAGUGUUCAUGAGCCCCUGAUGUAAAACCCAGCCAGGGGAAGAGACUUUCUUUUCACUUAAAGAACGGGCUUGCAAAAUCCUUUGCCCUUUUGUAUCCAUGACGAAAACUUCCCCGAUAAGUUUGCCGAAACAAAGCGUUUGAGAUGGACCCCACUCCCGUCCAUUCUCUAUUUAAUUCACAUCCAUCUGCAGCUUGUAAGCAGUGCACUGAACAAUGUUAAGGAAAAUAAAGCUGAUGGAGUAACCUAUCAGAGUUCUUGUUUCUAGGGAAGAGCACAUAUGUAUAAUUGAGGGGGUGUUUCUUAAGCCCUGUUUGCCUGUUAUCCAGGACCAAAUCACAUUUGGACCAAGUCAUGGGCCAAUAAUUGUUUUUAGUUCUAGAUCAGGGCUGAUUUGGCUCUGAAACAACCCCCAGUGAACCCCCCCCCCCCCCCUCCCCCAACACGCACAGUUCUACUACAAAGACUAAAAAGGGUCUGAUUGGUGGAGUUUUGCCCAGAAUGUUCUGGAGUGUUCCUUCAUAAAGGAAACUAAAUUGCCAGACCUCAAUUUCUUCUGACAGUCUUUUUAACUACAUAACAGACAACUCAAAUGUAGAAACAGAAAAGCAGAGGUAUUGGCAGUAAGAAAAAUAUAUAAAAAUGCAUUCCAGGAAAGACUCCAAGGAAAAUAAUCUGAAUACAAAAGCUUUUUUUUUUUUCUUUUUGUAAGAAAGAUGUUUACCUUUAUUUUGUCUGUGGUUAACUCCAAGUUAGAAUCCAUACUGUGCCACACUGCUGUUAUUUUUGGUUGUUUAUUUAGCUUUUUAUUUUGUACUUUUAUUCUGAAGCCAAUGCUGUUGUGUAAUUGUUCGGGUGGAAGACCGGAUGUUAUUUUCCUUUUUUAAAAAAGUUGUCGGUUUUAAAUGGUUCAUGUUUUUGAACUGCAUUAUGGGGCUGUGAAGCAUUGCGAGUAUGUGAGAAAGGCGGAGAAAGAAAUUGAAACGAAAAACAAAACAAACAAACAAAAUUUCGAUCUAAUGCUAAAAUCUCCAAGGCAAAUCUUUGGUUUUACUAUGAUUUUAAGUGGAAAAUGGGCAGUUAUCUUUUGGCAGAACCUAGUUUUCUCCUCGUUUCAAUGUAUCGCCACAAAACAUGCACGUUAGUCAUAUAUUUGGGAUACUGCUUAAAGCGCAUUUUUAGGUCAUCGUGAAAUCCUUUAUGGUUUAGGCCAAAGUGUCUUUCGGGGUCAUCGAGGAGUUAAAAUGUUAAAGCUUCCCGAGCAGACUAUUCUGGCUAGCGGUGGCAUCAGUGUUUUGGUGUGGUACAUGAACUAAUGAUGCUGCCCUUUCUUUUGUUGAAAAGGAGCUGUGAUUGAUAAUGGUAGGACCCCAAUUGCUUUCUUUUUUGUAAUCUUUAUACAGGUGCAUCUUUAUGGGUCAUUUAUGUCUUAUAGUAAGACUUUUCUGAAGUACGCAUGAGCACUUGUUUCCUCGUUUUUUGGAAACUACCUUGUAAGCAAACGAAUAUCCAAGCAGCCGAAAAAUCUGACAUAAAAAGCACAAGCUGGUUUAAUUGCUUUUUGGUUGUUUUUAUUUAAGAUUUAUUUUUCUUCUUAAAAAUUCAAUAUUUACACCCCCAGACACUCACAAGACGUUUUUUUCUGGUUGUUUUAUGAUAAAGUAUAGAGAUGAUCCCUCUUGAAGACCCUCCUGUACUUUAAUUUAUUUUGGUCCAAAUAAUUUUCUGAAGGAGGGUAGAACUGGUGAGGGCGACUGUAUUAAUAGGUGACAGACUAUAUGGUGUUUCCUUAUGUAACUGGGCACAGUUAAAGUGAAUGCUUUAGCAGAAUGUGAAAUGCAGGGGAAAUUAUAAGUGACACAGCCCUCUUGCAGGGCGUAAGUCUGUCACCCCAAAUAAAGAACCGUGCCCCUUUGUCUCCUUGUACACAGCAGCCAGGAUUUCAACUGAAAUAUUUCAGAGCUUUUCAAACCUUUCUAUGACUAUGAUCUGGACAGAGAAAAGUUUUUUAUUAUUAUUUAAUGUGAUACCUGUCUGUAUUUCCCAUUGUCUGAGGCCUGCCCUUCUUCAAAGAUUUAAUACCCCUUUUGUGUCUAGCUCUAUUGCUAUGUCCCCACUACCUCUACACCCCAAUUUCCAAAGGCAUCCAUUGUGCAGAAAUUGGAGAAGGAAAUGUAACUUAUGCCUAACUCACAGCGAUUCAACAAGCACUUUACUGUACCGCGUGACUGACGGCAGGUCACUCCAAGAUAAAUUUCUUAAGACCGCUGUUGCCAGAAUUUUGUAUUGUAUUUUUCUGAGACUUUAAAUAAAAAAGGCUUUGAACCACCA